AAUAGUGGAUAGGCAAGGCCGGAAGCUGAAUAAUUAAAAGUGCAAGGCAAAGUGAAUCUCCAAAGAAAUAAAAAGAGCGACAAAGGAGAAGAGGGAAAUUUUUUGUCUGUCGUGAGGCUGAAGGAUUGGACCUAGUCUUUAUAAUAGCGCAGUGCAGCUCGAUUUCUCUGGCUGGUGUGGCAUUUUCCUUUCGAAACAAAGACAACAAAGAACCAUGAAUGCCAGGGCGAAAAUCAAUGCAAACCGCUGUGCAUUGGGGCUGCAAGCGCUUCCCUUUUUAGCGUCGUGCAAUCAGCGGUCUGCGGCCUGCCAUUGGCGCGGCCCGGGGUGGGGUUCCCAGCCCACCCCCCGCCCGGCAGUUGUGCAACCUAGCUUCCCCGCUUUCAUGCUCGCCGCCACACCUGGCCGUGGCGCUGACUACUGCGCAACAAUCUCACACUCGGUGGCCCGAAAAUGGCGGGGACCGUUCUGUGCCUUCGGUCUUGCACUGCAACAACACGAAUGGGCACUAAAAAUAGCUGAGGCCGGUUCAUUCACUCCUUUGAAAGAGCCGCGGCAGACCAUUGUCUGGGACCACGGUUUCGCAAGACUUUUUUAAUUUCAGUAAUGAUUCCGAGCCUGCAACAAGCCAAAACAAAGGACCAGGUGUUCUGGGGAUGGUGCAUGAAAA